AUGGUUAUUGGUUGUCUAUCAGGCAUUGAAAUAUUAACUAGUACAAACUUUAACAAGUGGAAAGACCAGAUUAUGAUUGUUCUAGGGUGCAUGGAUUUGGAUCUUGCAAUUAGAACAGACAAACCCACUGAAAUCACUAGUGCCAGUACUGGUGAGCAAAAGGCACUUUAUGAAAAGUGGGAACGUUCUAAUUGCACGAGUCUCAUGAUCAUAAGGAGCACCAUUUCUAUUGCAAUCCGUGGUGCAAUUCCUGAAAAGGAAAGCACAAUGGAUUAUUUGAAGGUAGUAGAAAAACACUUUAUUGGCUCAACAAAAACAUUGGCAAGUACCCUCAUGAUCGAAAUGAUCACCAUGAAAUAUGAUGGUCGCAGUGGGAUACAUGAGCACAUUAUGAAAAUGCGUGACAUGGCGAACAAACUAAAUGGAAUGGAUAUGGAAAUAUCCGAAGGUUUCCUUGUGCACUUCAUUAUGACUUUUCUUCCUGCACAAUUUGGUGCCUUUAAGAUCAACUAUAAUACGCAGAAAGAGAAAUGA